GAGGAGAGAGAGAGAGAGAGUUCCUUUUAAAAGCUUCAACUUUUUUUUUUUUUAGGUGGACUAUGGAAUUUGUUGGUAGACCCGCCUUUCUUGACCUCUAAAAUCUGAAUGAUUUGCUCUUGUUCCUGUUUUCUUAUUGUAAACACCAUUCAUAUAACCAUUCUUUUUGGGGUUUAAUAUCUCUCUGUUUCUCUAAAUCCUUUGUUAGAUUUUGUAUGCUACUUGUGAAAAGAGAGUCAACCAAGAGAAGCUAAAAGGGUACCUAAAUUUGCCACUCCUGCAUUUCUCUUUCUUACUUUGGUGCUAGGGAGAGAGAGAGAGGGGGGGAAGGAAGGAGAAAUGGGUAUUGUUCCAGAUGAGGCAAUCAAUCAGUUCAAAGCACUAAUGGAUCAAGUUGAGGAGCCAUUGAAGACGACAUAUCAGAAUUAGCAAGCCAGUCUCCACAGCCAUUUGGUUCUCUGGACACGUGAUUUCCUUCCUGAUAAUAUGGAUAGCACUAAGAGAGUCUAAACCUUAUAGUCUAUACCUGAACUCCAAUAAGAAUAUUCAUCAAGGAUGUCAAACUGAAACUUUGAUCCGUUUUCUAAAAGCUAGAGAAUGGAAUGUUCCCAAGGCCCACAAAAUGUUAGUUGAUUGUUUGCAUUGGAGGAUACAAAAUGAGAUUGACAAUAUAUUAGUGAAACCUAUAGUUCCAACUGAUUUGUACAGAUCAGUGCGUGAUUCACAACUUAUAGGAAUGUCGGGUUACUCAAUAGAGGGGCUUCCAGUCUUUGCUUUUGGUGUUGGGCUCAGCACAUAUGAUAAAGCAUCUGUCCACUACUAUGUUCAGUCGCAUAUUCAAAUAAAUGAAUAUCGGGACCGUGUAAUUCUGCCUUCUGCUUCAAAAAAAUAUGGGAGACCAAUAACCACCUGUGUGAAGGUUUUGGAUAUGACUGGUCUGAAGCUGUCAGCUCUUAGCCAAAUAAAGUUGCUGACAAUCAUAACGAGUAUUGAUGACUUGAACUAUCCAGAGAGAACAAAAACAUAUUAUAUUGUAAAUGCUCCAUACAUAUUUUCAGCGUGUUGGAAGGUUGUCAAGCCUCUACUGCAAGAGAGGACUAGAAAAAAACUUCAGGUUUUACCAGGUAAUGGGCGAGAUGAGCUGUUGAAGAUAAUGGAUUUAGCAUCUCUUCCACAUUUCUGUAAAAAGGAAGGAUCUGGAUCAUCACGACAUGCAGAGAAUGCUAUGGAGAACUGCUAUUCCUUGGAUCAUCCAUUUCAUCAACAACUCUACAACUACAUCAAGCAGCAGUCCCUGAUCAAUGGAACUGACAAACCAAUUAAACAGGGGUCUUUCCACGUGAAUCUGCCUGAGGCUGGGGAUGGGAAAGGAACAGAAAUCCUUAAAACCAUUGAAUCAGAGCUACACAAGUUUGAGAAUGGUAGUGAGCUUCCCAGAUCAGUAAGUGGCCUCAAAAUCAAUGGCGACUGAGGUUUGACAUGAUGCAUUCUCCAUGGCUUGAAAGAGGUGAAUGUUGGAUCUUGAUAACCAAAAUCACUUUGUUAUAGGUAUACAAUAUAAAUUGCGGUGAUUCCCCAUAUCCCUACUUAAGAGGGAAAAGCUAAUGCUGUAUAUGUAAUUUGAGAUGUUGACUGGAUAAUUCGUAUAAAGCUUUCCACAGCCUGACACGAUGUAGGAAUGUAGCAGAGAAUUGUAAUUCCUAUUUUCCCCAUUUUAUGCUAAGAGAAAUCCGUUUUAGCCACUAUCA